UUCACUUCCUCGUCCCACGCGUCACGCCGUUCAGUGCGCUCGCUCCCGCCUCGCUAUCCCGUAACCCUAGCCGCCGCCACCGAAGCUUAAACCCUCGCCGCACAGGCGCAGCAACCUCGGCGGCGAUGGCGAAGGAGAAGAAGCGGAAGCAGCUCGCCGAUGCGCCGCCUCCGGGCGACGAGGGCGAGAGGAGGGAGCGACGGAAGGACAAGAAGCCGAAGAAGGAGAAGGCGGAAUCGACGCUGCCGUCUCAGAUCAAGAACAAGGACAAGCGCAACGAGCUGCACGCCAAGAUCAAGCGCGAGAAGAAGGAUCAGAAGCGCAAGCUCGCCCGCGAGCGCGACCAGGCCGCCCGGCGCGCCAUGGAGCUUGGGGAGCAGCCGCCGCAGAGGCAGGUGCCGCGAACGAUCGAGAACACCAGGGAGCCUGAUGAGACCGUGUGCCGGCCCGACGAUCAGGAGUUGUUUGCGGGUAAUGAUGCGGAUGAAUUCAAUGCAGUUCUAAAACAGCACAUAACCCCGAAAGUAUUGAUUACCACAUGCCGCUUCAACUCAGGGAGAGGGCCUGCCUUUAUUGAGGAGUUAAUGCAAAUCAUACCGAAUUCUCAUUAUGUUAAAAGGGGAACAUAUGAACUCAAAAAAAUUGUGGAAUAUGCGAAGAAUAGGGAUUUCACCUCACUUAUCGUUGUCCACACAAAUCGAAGGGAACCUGACGCCCUACUGAUCAUUGGCUUACCUGAUGGCCCUACCGCACAUUUCAAAUUAUCCAAACUUGUUCUGCGGAAGGACAUAAAGAACCAUGGCAACCCUACGAGUCAUAAGCCAGAGCUAGUGUUGAACAAUUUCACUACACGCCUUGGUCAUCGUAUUGGAAGGAUGAUACAAUCUCUUUUCCCCCAAGACCCCAACUUCCGUGGGCGCCGAGUUGUGACUUUCCAUAAUCAGCGAGACUACAUAUUUUUCCGUCAUCACAGGUACAUCUUUGAGACAAAAGAAAGCAAAGUUGCUUCGAAGGACAAGAAAGCUAAGACAUCCGAAAGCAAAAGCCAAGCUGAGAAGCAAGUGAUUUGCCGCCUUCAGGAAUGUGGUCCUCGCUUCACUCUGAAGCUGCUCACCUUGCAACAUGGGACCUUCGACACAAAAAGCGGAGAGUAUGAGUGGGUUCACAAGCCGGACAUGGAUACAAGCAGGAGAAGAUUUUUCUUGUAGUGGAGCAUGGGAUCUUCGUGCCCAAUCUGCCGGAGUUCUAUCUUUCUUUCUUGAAAAUUAUUGUAGAGGAAGGUUUGCACGUUGAGCCGAUCAUCAAUGUAACGGACUUCAUGCACGUUGAAGCAAUUUUGUGGAUCGAUCCUGAGUUAUAAGAUUUUUGUGCC